CAGUCCCGGGUGUAGUAAGGGACAGAUCAAUAGCUAAGCGUCCUCUCUCCGAGUCUCGGAGUCUCUACGUCGCGCACUCGCGUACCGUACCUCGUCCGGACAGCACGCACUUCACCCUACCACACGAAAUACAACUGCGAAAAUGGAGAAUAAACAUCGCGGUUGGAUGGUCGCUGGUUUGAUUCUACUGCUGGUUGCUAUAGCCGCAGCUGAAGGGGAGGUUUUUGAGAAGGACGAUCACGAACUGCUCGUCCGUAACGAAAGAGGCGCUAAAAGUAGAGAGACGUGCCGCUACGUGCGAGGCGCUUGGUCCGAAUGCGAUUCCAAGACGAACAUACGUUCGCGAACGCUUACUUUGAAAAAAGGGGAUGUUUCGAACUGCGAGCGUACAAAGACGAUUCAGAAAAAAUGUAAAAAAGCAUGCCGUUACGAGAAAUCAUCAUGGAGCGAGUGUAGCCCCAAUGGGGAGAUGUCCAGAACUGAUAUGUUGAAAGCAAACAGCGACCCGACUUGCGAUCAAAGCCGACGCAUUACUAAAAAAUGCAACAAAAACAAACAAGUCAAGUCCACCAAAGAUAAGGGUCGCAGAAAUCGCCAGUAAAGUGUUUGUAGCUGUGCCUACUAUUUAGAUUAUAACAACGUUUUUAUUAUAAAAUUGUCAUGAUUGUUCGUUGAUUCUAAUUUAUGUAAUAGUGCCAAUAUCUGUUAGUAUCAUAAAGAGUUGGUUUUAAAGUUAUUGGAUUGUAUUUUAAGCAUUUAUUAGUAACGAUGUAAUAACAAUACAGUUUUACUCUUUGACAUUUUAAUGUGCGAAUCUUGAACUUUAAAACUCGUAAUUAGAUGCCUUUUCAUUUUAUAAUAUUAAUAAGUGAAAUAUUUGAUAUUAAAUAAAUGAGUACUUA